AGGCUGCUUGGCAGGAUGGCCACGGAGGAGCGGCACCUCUCCUCCAGCUGUGGGUCCUUCAUCAAGACCGAGCCCUCCAGCCCGUCCUCCGGCAUCGACGCCAUCAGCCACCACAGCCCCAGCGGCUCCUCCGACGCCAGCGGUGGCUACGGCAUCGCCAUGGGCGGCCACCCCAACGGCCUGGACUCGCCACCCAUGUUCAACGGCACGGGCAUCGGCGGCGGGUCCUGCCGCAAGCGUUACGACGACUGCGCGAGCGCCAUCAUGGAGGACUCCCCCACCAAGUGCGAGUACAUGCUCAACGCCAUCCCCAAGCGGCUCUGCCUGGUCUGCGGGGACAUUGCUUCUGGCUACCACUACGGCGUGGCUUCCUGCGAGGCCUGCAAAGCCUUCUUCAAGAGGACUAUUCAAGGCAAUAUUGAAUACAGCUGCCCGGCCACCAACGAAUGUGAGAUCACGAAACGGAGGCGCAAGUCCUGUCAGGCCUGUCGCUUCAUGAAAUGCCUCAAAGUGGGGAUGCUAAAAGAAGGUGUUCGUCUGGAUCGAGUCCGUGGAGGGCGUCAGAAAUACAAGAGGAGACUGGAUUCUGAAAGCAGCACUUACCUGAGCUUGCAGAUCCCUCCCCCAGCUAAAAAGCCACUGACUAAGAUCGUCUCCCACUUGCUGGUGGCUGAGCCAGAGAAGAUCUAUGCCAUGCCUGAUCCAACCAUGCCAGAGAGUGACAUCAAAGCCCUGACAACCCUCUGUGACCUGGCAGACAGGGAAUUGGUGGUGAUCAUUGGCUGGGCAAAGCACAUCCCAGGGUUCUCCAACCUGUCCCUUGGGGACCAGAUGAGUCUCCUGCAGAGUGCCUGGAUGGAAAUCCUCAUCCUGGGCAUUGUGUACCGCUCCUUGCCAUACGAGGACAAGCUCGUCUAUGCUGAGGACUACAUCAUGGAUGAAGAACACUCUCGCCUGACGGGGCUGCUGGAGCUCUACCUGGCCAUCCUACAACUGGUGCGCCGCUACAAGAAGCUCAAGGUGGAAAAGGAGGAGUUUGUCACGCUCAAAGCUCUGGCCCUCGCCAACUCAGACUCCAUGCACAUAGAGGACAUGGAUGCAGUGCAGAAACUCCAGGACCUUCUCCACGAAGCCCUGCAGGACUACGAGCUGAGUCAGCGCAACGAGGAGCCACGGCGAGCAGGACCACCUUUCUCCAUUACAGCUGCAUAACCUUGGAGCCCAUCUGGAUGUCCCCUGUUGCUUGAAGAUAAUACCCCUGGAAAUGUUUGCAUUGCUUCUGAAAUAGGAUGGGAACUGAAGCAGACAGUAAUUAGCAUAUAUUAAUCUCUUUAAGCAAGGAAUGCAAACUCUUCCCCAGGAACUGAGACAGACAUACUUGUCUAGAUUUAACCCUUAAAAGGCUUGUAUCACCUUAAAUUGGGAAUCAGGUCAAGUUACUCAGAACUGUGACACCAGUGUAGGAAUCACACACGAUUCCCAGUCGUUCAGAUCCACUGUGCAUCACUAGUUCUACCACACUGCUGCAAAGGAGGAGCACGUCCAGCUACACAGUGAGCCAAGCUUGCAGAGAAGGGUAGUGCUCACAGUCUCUUACACAGAGGUCUGGGUGUGUGGAAGCUGAGGCAGAAACUAGGAAAUGGGUUCUGGGUCAGUGCUCCUUAUGCAUCAGAGAGUCAGCACCAUAUAGCUGUCCUACCUGGGGCAAAAGAUGAUGGAGCUUGAGCCUUGGGACACAAAAGGUUUCUGUGACUUACAGCAAAGUGGUAGAGGUAAGUGUGUCAGUGGUGGUGAAUAAGCAUUGAAGUCCACGCGCAGCAAAUAGGUUGAAAGCAGCUGCAGCCCCUGAUUUGUGGGUGUGCAUAGCAGAAACCACGUAGCCAUCAGCUGCUACAAAAGGCAGUUCUUCCCAAGUGACCAGCUCUUCUGUUCUGGGCACAUUCUUCUCUGCCAACAGCUGUGUCUGGCCUCUAAUGCAAAACAAAUUUCAUGGGGAUCAAUUAAAAGAAAGGGUAAAAUCCCACACAGAAGCAGGUUUCUGGGGAAACUUGGGCAUUACACCUUGCAGCAAAACUGUGAAGCGACAAGAAACGCCCCCCCAACAAUCAGAACUUUGCAGUACCGCUGAUGCUACGGGGGCAGCAUUUUCCUCUUUGUAAGCUCUCAUCUUUUUUCUUUUCUUUUCUUUUUUUAACUAUUACAAAUAUAUAAAAUAAAACAUGCUGCACCAGAAACAUAUAAGCAGCUAUUAGAGGAGAAAGUCACUGAGAAAGACCCUAGAAUGUAACUUGUUGAGCUUUUAUCACCAAUUGGAGCUGAGGAAAAGAGCUUCCACUUUGCAUCCACAAGCUAUAAUCAAUCACAUGGCCAAAGGCCACUCUGUGGCUGAGUUAUGUGGAGAAGCCAGAGAGACAGAGGGUGUGAGAAUGAUGCAGGGAGUUAUAGACAGUGAAAUAAACAGUAUCUACUUAACUAUUAUCUGCUCCUAA